CGGCAGAGGGAGAGAGAUGCCAUCCAAAUUACCUACAGAAACAACCAGCAGAGCUUCUCUCCUGGAUUGCAAGGGCACAAAAGGUCUUGCUUCACUCCUACAACAUUUCUGCUUGCUUCUAGAACAGAAAUGUGCACCAACAGCAGAGAUUCUCUCCAUCAGUAACUGAUAUACCCGGACCUUCCACAGCCAGACAGAACAGAUAUAACACUUUUAGGCUGGCUCCAGAAGACUCAGACUGUGUUUGACUACCACCCUUUUGCAUAAAUAUUUUGGGAUUCAAGAUGAAUAAGACAAAGGCUGUAAAUGAUGUUUUUCAUUUCCUGAUCAGCAAGAACUGGAGCUCAAGCCGAAGCUUUCCUAUGAACAUUUCUAAUCAGUGCAUGAACAUCACUGACCUUACUGUCUUUCUGGCCACCUCCUACAGCUUGGAGACUGUUCUGGGCAUUGUGGGAAACAUCUGUCUGAUUGCUGUCAUUGCCAGGCAGAAGGAAAAGGCAAAUGUCACCAAUAUUCUAAUUUUCAACUUAAUAAUUUCAGACUUGUUUAUGUGUCUUGUCUGUCUGCCUUUCACUGUUGUUUACACCAUGAUGGACUACUGGAUAUUUGGAGAAGUCAUGUGCAAAAUGACCUCUUUCACUCAGUGCACAACUGUGACAGUAUCAAUCCUUUCCCUUGUCCUUAUUGCUCUGGAAAGACACCAGCUCAUCAUAAACCCAACUGGCUGGAGGCCAAAUACCUCCCAAGCCUACCUAGGAAUUGGAGUGAUUUGGACUUUAGCAUGCCUCAUGUCCCUACCCUUUUUGACCACAUCCAUCUUGUCUAAUGAGUUGUAUGAGCAGCUCUCACACUUCAUGAAUUUUUCCACUGAUAAGGCAAUAUGUAUCAACUCGUGGCCUUCUGAGCAGCACAAACUUAUCUACACUACCAUUUUACUGCUCUUACAAUACUGCAUCCCUCUCUUCUUCAUCAUCCUCUGCUACCUGCGAAUCUACUUACGCCUGCAGAAGAGGAAGGACAUGUUUGAGAAGAGCGAGUACAGCAACCGAGCGGUCCAGCUGAGAAGGAUAAACAUCUUGCUAGCAUCCAUGGUUGCUGCUUUUGCUGUUUGCUGGCUACCACUGCAUGUUUUCAACACCAUCGUGGACUGGAAUUACAAAAUCAUUUCACCUUGCCACCACAACCUGAUCUUCUCAUUGUGCCACCUGGUAGCUAUGGCUUCUACCUGUGUCAACCCCGUUAUCUAUGGUUUCCUAAACAGCAACUUCAAAAAAGAAGUGAAGUCACUGAUUCUAAGCUGCCAGCAUAAUUCAGUAACUGCCUCAAUGGAAGAAUAUGAUCAUUUGCCUUUAUCCACCAUGCAGACUGAAAUUUCCAAGGGGUCACUGAUGUUGAACUGCAGGCACAAUUCUAUCUAAGGAGCAGAAAACUUUUCAGAAGGGUGCACUGACACCACACACCAACUAUUACCUGUGGGCAUAUAAAGCAACAGGUGAUGCCACAGCUGGGAUGUGAACAGGAAGCAAUCACUACCUGAUUUCUGGAAGAGCAAGUAAAGUAAUGUAAAUGUUCACAGUUGCUGCUGUGGUGCACAAGCUUUUCACGGUCACUGAGGUGGUACAGACACUGAGGAGACUGGGCUGCUCUAAAGCAGCUGCUCUAAGAUCAGUGACUAAGCUGUGACUGCACAGAGGCUGACAUGGGUUCAUCAGCAAAACUCAUAUCACUACCAUGGCUGCAGUGGAAAACCAGAUUUCCAGUUUCAUCACUGCAGGCUGCCAAAAGUUGUGUUGGAAAAGACUCUCUCACUUUUCCAGUAUUAGUAAGAUUUUUAUGCACAGCUGACACACGAGAGAUAAUGUAAAUACCUUUUUUUUUUUACCACCUCUCACAGCCCAUUAAGUAACAGUAAUCUUUCAUAUCUUCACAUGAAACACUGCCUUUUUCUAUGAAACUUCACUCUCUGCCAUAAGCUUGAGAGUAGUUAUUGCCUCUGCAAGUAGGGACAAGGAACAAUGACCCUGGUAUGUAAAGAAGACAGUCACUUAUGAAGGAUGGCAGCAAAUGAAAAUUUAUUCAAUGGAUUAAACUCAAAAUGCAUUGAGAUGAUACUGAGAACUGUUUUUAAGCACAUGAAAAACAGUUGUAGAUCUACAUGGAAAUGAAUCAAGUUCCUGCUGCUGUCAAUCACCAAGCUCUGCAAUGCUACAGCUUCAUGCCAUGAUGGUACAAGAUGGCCAGAUUACAGGAGUUGUUCUAGGACUUGGUAGCAACAUGGUGUUCUGCUUCAGCAUCUUCUUGGUACUUUGAUUGCAAAGUAUCUAAUUCAAAAGGUCAGAAUGAGCAUGAAAACCUGUUUGUGGAAAUCAUGUGUUUCCAGAGUGGCUACACUUCCAAAGAAAUAAACAUAUGCAUGGAGAAUUUGAGUUUUCUUAAAAAAUAAGACCUGAUGUCAGAUAUCAGUCGCACUCACUAGCAUCAGCAGCACAGGUGAAGCUGAAAUUCCAACAAAUAAAGAGAAGAUCAAUGAAAAUACACAGGUGGAAUCCAGGUCAGGCUGAAGCCAAGCCACGCAGGUGGUACUGUCAAUUGCUCUAGUAAAAUGAAGGUCAUAUUUUUUUCACAACUGUGUUAUUUGUAGACUUUGUUCAUAAGACCUACAAACUGUAAACUGCUUUUAGCCUCUGGAGCCAGAGAAAUUGCUCAGUGACUACUGAGAAACCAAAGCAUGCCCAAGAAGGCCAUACUGAGGUACAGAUUUAAAAAAACCAAAACAGGUAGCAAGUGCAAAAAGGAGACCAACCAGUUCAAUGCUAAUGUAAUAUUGAAGAAUAUUCAGUCCUGAUUUGCCAAACUAACCUUAGCAGAAGACUGGACUGGGUGGUCGGCUGAGGUAAUUUCCUAUGUGAAAUGUGCUUUGAUAAGCAGUGAUUACUUGUUGCAGUCAAUAGGUUUACAUGGAGCUGAAGAUAUCCAGUGUAAAGCUAUGCAGGCAGCUAGAAAUUCCUUAGCUGGCAGAUCUCUGAUCAGACAAAUUGGUAUAAAGACAGGUGAGAAAAAGUCUUCUUCCCAUGCUGUGAACUGACAGGAAUAUGGAUGCUGAGCAGAGUAUCUGAGGACAAGAGCUAACCCCUAUGUUAUAAGGCAGCAAAAGCUAUCCUAUCCCCAGCUGGCAGAAAUAAAAGUUAGCCCUUGCCAUGAGCUGGGUGCACAGAUUUCAGUGGUAAAACUUGAAGUUUGGCCUUGAAUUCUUGUGUGCAGAAUCUUAUGGCAGAACCUUGUUUGAUGCAGUUACCCCUGUAAUUCUGGCCAGAACCUGUAUAUCUUUGUAAGAGACUUGGUGUGUGAUUACCUUUUGUAUCUUCCUCAACUAUGUGGCAAGAGAUUUUUGCUUUUUUCAAAUGGAUUCCAGCUUUCUUUUAUUUUCUUUAUUACUUGCUAUGCUAUGCUGAGAAGUUGUUUCUCUUGAUGGGUUUGCAUGCAAUGUGAUUUCUAGACUGGACGUUCAGUCUACUUAAAAAACACAGAACAAGAGGACUCUUAUAUUAGCUGCAUCUUGAAAUUUGCUGCUGUAGCCAAAACCACCAUUGGAUGCUGAGUAGCACAAAAUACAGCAGCUCCUUCUAAUCAGUGUGAGUUAUAGCAAAACUGUGCUGUAUUACUUCAGGGCUUAAAUACUGUUUCAACUUUGUCAUUGUUUUGCAUUUAGAAUCAAUUUAAGUAAUCGAGUAAUUCUGCCUUUUUUUGCGCUUGUUAGAAUUCCAGCAUUUAGCCAGCUAAAGUGUCUGUAAAGCUAUUGUAAGAAUACUCUGCUAAACACAAACACAGAAAAUUACCUGAUACAUGGUCUUAAGUAUAUAACUUUUCAAGCAACCAGUGUCUUAAAUGGAAACACAAUUACCUUAGCAUUUGCACUUCCACGAGCCUGUCUUUGUCACUAGUUCUAAGUGAAAACUUUUGGUAAAGUGCUUAUAGUACAGCAGAGACCUGCCACUAGAGCUGUGCACUGGCAUUGUGCACCAGAUUAGAGUUCUUCCUACAAAGGGUAGAAAUAUGAGCGAGAUCUGAUGCUGUUUAACUGUAAUUCAUGUGGCCAUUUGUUUCCAUGAACACAAGUAGAUACAUAAAGCAAGCGGAUCCAACUUUACAAUAACACAGACAGACACAAACGGAUGUUAUCUUCCUCUCGUGAUUAAGCAAAGUGUCAAGUUUGGAGUCAACUGCUGUUUAUUGCUAACUGACUUUGGACUGGAUAAACUACAGGAUUUAAACACUAAAAGGCACCAAACUGCACCCAUACAUCUAACUGCAAAAAUGCAGAUCCUCAGAACUCCCAGCCAGCUGCAGUCUAUCCAUCUACUUACUAUCCUGAGAUACAUGUUUUUCAACCUCUAAAAUUUCGUAAGUAACUAAAUAAACUUUAAAGAAAAGACAGAAAAAUAAAUAUAUCCAGGCACCAAAAGACUGAGCAUGUGACAGGAAAGGUGCCUGUACAAAUUCUUCAUUCUGUGCAUACACCAAGGCUUAUGCUGCUGUGCACAAAUGCAGUAGAAGAUAAUACCCUGUUAGUUUAUUAAGAACUUUUGUAGCAACUGUUCCCUCUUCCCUCUGAAGGCAAAGUCACAAGGCUGGGUGAAAUUAUGCCUGCAUAAUUGAAAGAGCCAUUUUAUUUGUCGCUUUGAGGCUUUAUGCAGCCAAGGGAGGCUAGGUUUCUUUGGUCCCAGCAGAAGGCAACAGAACAGAAAUAGCUUAUAUACCUCUUAUCCAUCUGUAAAUAACAGAUACUGUUAAUGUGUAAGAAGCACUGAGCAGUUUUGUGUUCAUUGUAUACAGUGACAGUUUUGAAUAUACUCUUUAAAGGUCUGCUAUUCAGUCACAAAAGCAAUGAUGGAAAAAUAAGCAGGAGUUGGGCAAAUCAUAAGUUCCUAGAAUUUUAAGACCUUACACUGCCUUUUUUUUUAAAAAAAAGUUUUUCAUAAUCUUGCCUCCUGUGACACAUUAUAAGAAGACAGUAAGGUUUUCAGAGCAAGAGAACAACUUAUUCUGUGAUAUAAAUAGCACACUACAGGGAAUCUUAUAAAAACAAAUAAAGUAAUGUUGUCUGUGUCA